AUGUUUAAAAUUUAUUUUAAUUUAAAAUCCUUUGAUUUGAUUUGUCUGAAUCAUACCGAAACCUAUUUAUUAUCUCUUUUUUCUUUUUUUAACUUAGAUCAACCAAAACAAAAAAUAAAACCUAAUAAACUACAAAAAAUUACAGUUUUGAGGUCACCCCAUAUAGAUAAAAAAUCUAGAGAACAAUUUCAAAUUCUAAGUCAUAAAAAAACGCUAGUUUUAUCCAUAUUUGAUCAAAACUUAAUUUUUCUACUUCUUGAAAUAAUUAAAAGUUUAAAAUUUAUUGGUGUCGAACUUGAACUAUUAAUAGAGUUUUCAACAUUUUUAGAAAAUGAAACUAAUGAUAGAUAA